AUGUUUAAUAAAUUAAAAAAUAAAGUAGUUAAUUCAAAUUCAAAUUCAGAAUCUUCAUCUAUAAAUGAAAAAGAAUUAUCAAAUGGUAAUACAACCUUAAACGGAACUAGUAAUAGUAAUGGAAAUAUAAGUAAUGGAAUUUCGAAUGGUCAUACUACAACAAAGUCACAAAAUGAAGAACCAAGAUAUAUUCCAUUUGAAUUUCCCUCCUCAGAAUCUCAUAUACCAAAAGAAAAAGAAUUAACUCCAGAACAAAGUACAAAAUAUUCCGAAGUAUUAAAACAUUUUCAAAAUCCUGAACUUCAAAUAUCAUCAACUGAAGAAGAUCAUAAACAUAGAAUCAAUAAAUCACCUUUAUUAAUACAAGAAAAAUCAUGGUUAACAAGAGAAUGUUUCUUGAGAUAUUUAAGAGCAACAAAAUGGAAUGUACAUGAAACAAUAGAUAGAAUAGAAUUAACAUUAGCAUGGAGAAGAGAAUUUGGAAUAAAUAUGCCAUUUGAUUCUCAAAAUAAAGUUAAUGGACAGUUAACUUCAGUUGAAAAUGAGACUGGUAAAGAGGUUAUAUUAGGAUUUGAUAAUGAUUCAAGACCUUGUCUUUAUUUAAAACCAGGUAGACAAAAUACCAAGACUUCUCAAUUACAAGUACAACAUCUUGUAUUAAUGUUAGAAAAAGUUAUUAAUUUUAUGCCAUCUGGUCAAGAUUCUUUAGCAUUACUUAUAGAUUUUAAAUCACAUCCAAUUGGUACACAAGGUGGGAAAAUUCCACCUGUUGGUGUAGGUAGACAAGUUUUAAAUAUUUUACAAACUCAUUAUCCUGAAAGAUUGGGGAAAGCUUUAUUAAUAAAUAUUCCAUGGUUAGGUCAUACUUUUUUAAAAAUAAUUUAUCCUUUCAUUGAUCCAUUAACAAGAGAAAAAUUAGUAUUUGAUCAACCAUUUCCAAAUUAUGUACCAAAAAUUCAAUUAGAUAAAGAAUUUAAUGGUGAUGUUAAUUUUAUAUAUGAUCAUGAAAAAUAUUGGCCUGCUAUGUUAGAAAUGAGUGAGCUAAAACAAAAGAAAUAUUAUGAUAGGUUUGAAAAAUUUGGAUCUAUUGUUGGAUUAAGUGAAGUUGAUUUAAGAGGUGAUAAUGAAGAAUUAAUACAUCCAGUUGAACCAAUUGUAUAA